UACACUUUAAACACCAAGCUGGGCAAGCUUGCGAAUUGGCCAAAGCACACCAGCUAAGUCGACUCUGUGACAUGAUAAGGCAUAAAUACAAGAAUUUCUCUCAUCGGAAGCAAAGUGUCGACUGCAGCAAAAAGAAGUGAAGGCGGCAGGAAUCCGAAAGAUUAUAAGUUGGAAAGAAGGGGAGAGAGAAAGAGGUGAAAAGAGGGCGAAGGAAAGGGAUGGAGGGGGUGGGUAAGUCAGAAGGGCCAAAACAACAGGAUUUGGAGACGAUGAUCGCCUUCUUCGAUGUCGAAACAACUGUGCCAUUCGGUUCCGGACGCGGCCGCGACGGGUACUCACUCUUGGAGUUUGGGGCCAUCUUGGUGUGCCCUCGUCGGCUGAUUGAAGUAGACAAUUUCUCCACACUCAUCCGACCCUCCGACCUCAACGCCAUCUCGUCCCUGUCCAUCCGCUGCAAUGGCAUCACCCGUGAUUCCGUCUCUACCGCUCCCUGCUUCGUCGAUGUCGCCAACAAAGUUUUCUCCUUUCUCCAUGGGAAGGUAUGGGCGGGUCACAACAUCUUGAGGUUUGACUGCCCUCGGAUCAGGGAAGCCUUUGCAGAGAUAGGCAGGCCCCCCCCUGAGCCCGUUGGAACCAUUGAUACCUUGCCAUUGCUAACUGAGAGAUUCGGCAGGAGGGCUGGAGACAUGAAGAUGGCUACAUUGGCUAAUUAUUUUUGUCUCGGACCACAAAAGCACAGGAGCUUGGAUGAUGUACGAUUGAAUCUGGAGGUUCUGAAGUACUGUGCUGCAGUGUUGUUCUUGGAAUCGAGUGUCUCAAAUGGGGUUUCUAUCAAAAAGUUGGUAUCUGGAGGUAUUAUUUCGGAAAAGUGUAAUAUUCAGAAUGACACCCCUGUGGGAACAAACCUAAAAUUGUGCUCUUUACCUGUCCCUCUCAGCAGCCUGGAAGGUUCGUCUUGCGUUAAAAAUGUCAGGAAGGUGAACCAUGAUCCAGGGCAAUCUGAUAAACUUGAAAAUGAGGAUGCAACUUAUUUGAUAUCUCAGGUUGAACAGAUGAAAAUAGAUUCUUCCCACCUCAAUUUGGAUGACUCUGUAGGAGCAACGUCUGCACCAUGCUUAGCAGGAAAUUCAGCUGAUGCAACCUCUCGUCUUGGCAUCAUCAAGAAUUCCACUUCUUGUGCCGGAUUUUUAGAGCCUGAGGAGGUUUUGCUGAAUCGCAUUACGGUAUCCGAUACAACUCUUAGUCCAACUGUCAGAAGAAUUCAAAUUCUUCACCUAAACGUGCCUUUGUGGCUUUGUUGUGGGGGUUUAGUGAUUCAUUUUGGGAUCAGCACAAAAUUUACGGACCAUGCUGGCAGGCCAAAGUUGAGUAUUCUAGUCAAUGCUCCUCCAAGUCUUUGCCAUGUUCUAAUGAUCUGCGAAUCUCUUGUUCAAAGCUCCUUAAGGAAUUAUGGUAGCACGUCUGAAUGGUGGCCUCUGAUGAAAAAGAAUGCAUUCACAAAUUCUGCUACUAUCCGGUUGCACCUACCGAGUCUAACAAAUUGGGAGUCUGCUGGCAUGUACUCCCCCGAGAUAUACCGAAUCGAUGCAUCGAAGAACAUGAAUAAAGUCGCACUCAAUAAAUUUGAUGCUGUUGAGCUUGAUUCGUUAUUGGCUCCUGGAACAACCAUUGAUGCUUUUUUCUGUUUGGACGCUUACGAUUAUCAGCAGAAUGCAGGCAUCAGGCUAGUGGUCAGAUCUCUUAUGGUCCAUUCCGGGUAGUUAAUAGGCAUGAUGUCUCAUUCUGUCAUAGGUUUUGUUGUUAUUUAUUUUUUUCAGUUAUUUGUAAGUUUAUUGACUAUAAAAUUCUGCUGCCAUUGCUCAUUUAAUAGAAAAAAAUGUAAAUAAUUCUUCUGGUCAAUUUGCCUUGACUGGAUGUUGAUUUUAGUAUCACUUUUGGCUUAUGUUCCAUGUUGAGAUUGCAGAAUCAUAUAUUGAAAGUAUGGCUCACUAGAAA